ACAGAUUUUAGCACAUGAUUAGUACUGUUAUAAUACACCUAAAUAAUGCAAAUAAUUUUACACAGAGUACAGACUGUAAACCAGUGCCUUUGAAAACAGGAGAAGAUGAAGAAUACAUGUUGGCCUUAAAGCAAGAACUUCGAGGGACUAUGAAAAAAAUGCCUUACUUCAUGCCAGUAGAAGAGGAACAUGAAGCAAUUGAAAAAUACAGUCAAAAAUACCAGCAGCUAAGCAAAGAGCGUAUGGCAUGGACCCCAGAUUGGAGAAGACUCCCAAGAGAAAUUAAGCCAAGGAAGAAGAUCAAAAAAGCUCUCUCUGGCAGAAUUGUGAACCAGAUCCUUCAACAGCAGUUAGAGUUGGUAUUGGUUGUUCUUAAAGAAAAUUGAGUUUAAUUUUCACUGUAAAAUACCGGAAUAUGAAUUUAUCUAUAGCCUAGUAUGUAUGGCUAUUAUUUUAACUUUUAUGUUAAAGCCUAUUGCUUUGUUGAUGUGAAGCAGAACUUUGACCUGUGUACCUAGAUGUUGAUUAUGUUAUCAUUGUUUACUUUCAUUUCCCUCUUUGUUCAAAUCUUUCAUGUCAUCUUUCAGUUCAAGGAUAAAAAACAGAAAAGUGUCUGUGCAGUAGUCAUGGAGACCAGCUCAGCUGGCAGCUUUGUUCCUUUUAAGAGCCUCUUUGAGAAGCUUGGUCCUAGAAAGAGAAUGCAAGCAGUCUACUGAAAGUUAAAUACUUAUUUAUACAAUUCUAAAAGAAGAAACCAGCAUAUAGCUGUUGUUCCAAAGUAUAAUUAGCACUCUCUAAAUAAACAUUGAGCCAGCAAUAAGCUCUUGCAUCUUAAGAAAUCAUCUGAUGUAUUGUUCAUUUGCUACACAGUGACAUUGAAUGUUUACUGUAAAUGCAGCUUUAAAGACCCAGAGCCCAAUACAUUUUUCAUAUCUCAUUAGCUGAUAUUUUGUUCUCAAGACAAAAGUAUCUCCUUUUAUCUUCUUAAUUUCUAUAACAAAAACUUCUGGUAAGGUGAAGAGUUUAACUGAAGGUAACAUGAAAAAGAUAUCCCUUUUAAAAACUGAUUUAAAAAAAAAAAACCUUAGGAUAGAAGCUCUUUAAAAAGUUUGGAGGUUUGUAGGAAAGGAAGGUGGCCACCAAUGCAUAGGUACAGUACAGAGAUAUCACAAGUAAAACAUCCCUUGCAGAGGGUGACUUCUUAUUCUAGAUCAUGAUGCUGUCUCAGUUAGCAAGCUUGUUUCAUCUCUGUCUUCUUUUUCAUCUUUUUAAGUGCAUCCCAUUAAGUAUCAGACCUCGUUUCUUUUUCUCUCUUGGGACAUAAUUCUACAAUUCUCCAACUCCUAGCCUGUGUCUUCAGCUAGACUCCUGAACUGUGCCCUGUGUCAGCUAGCAUUCACCCAAAAGAUCUGACUGGAUUCAGUAUUUGUAGAUCAGUGAUGUGCAGACAGCUGUCUUGAGAACAAAAUAUUGUUUAACAUUGGAAACCAUGUUUAGAGAAAGGUAGAGGUGAUCAUAAUCAACAAACUGUCUAUUAUAUGAGUCUGUUUCCUAAUGGCUGCCCUCUUAUGAUGAUGACCUAAGUAGACUGACACUCUGCUGUGUGUUUUGUAUGUUAGUUUGAUUCUCCCAAGCAUUUUAUCUUUUUCUCUCCCUCCCUGAGUCUUUAAAAAAGAAAACUGUUCUUUUUGUUUUCUGGUUCCCAGAACUUUUCCUGUAAAGGCUAAAGCAUUUUCUCUUAACAGCCUUCAGAUACUUGUAGAGAAAAGGCUCAUGUUUAGCUAUUCUGUCCCCUUCCUGAUGUGUCUUUUCACCUUUCCCAUUUAAAGUAAAGCAAUUUAUAAAUACAAUAAACAGCCAUGUCAAUAAACUGAAUUUGUAAAUUAUCAUAGAGCAACUGAACUUCCUUCAAAGAUGUAAUAUAUUGAGUUGUAAGAAGCAAUGUUUAAAUCCUUGUUGCCACAGCAUCUAUAACUGGGUAAAGUAUUCAACUGAGGGCAACACUGUCAAUAACAAAUGCUUCCUGCAUAAUAAAAGUUAUGGCCUCUU